AUGGUGCAGGCACCGAAGCUGAAGAACAACACUGCGAUCGGAGAGCAGAGGCAAGUUUGGCCUCCUGAGCCAGCUGUCAUGACUCAUUGGAUUAUGCAGGGUCUCUGGCAGCUGAUGUGGCCUGACCAAAGCCACUUACCUCGACUGCUGGCAGCACAGGAACUCGGGCCGCUGGAAGAGCCAACAGUGCCGAGCAGCAUGCCACCAGACAAACUGCUCUGCAGUGGACCGUCUGAGCCUCCAAAUCCUUCGGCUGUCGAGACCGCUUUCUGCCACCACACCUGCGGCCUUCACUGUGGGAGUCUACAGGCUAUGCUGAGCUCACAGCCUCAACGUAGAGUGCCGCACGCCACGUCUGGGGACGAGCUCAAGCUUGGCUCACGAAGGCAACCUGGAGGAUCCAGCAUGUGUGACGUGAAGCGGGCAUCCUCCCAGCCUCCACAGGCUCUCUUCUGCGGUCGCUGGUGCGGCCAAGAGUGUGUGCAACAGCUGCACCAGGCCAGUUUCAUGCUGACCAGACCUAACUUUGGUCGGCCACCGGAACGUGCAGGGCUCUGCGAUCCUGAUCUUAUGGGAGAGUCUUUCAGGGGCUUCGAUGACCUGGACCUUUGCUCCACUGUUCCAUGGGCAAGGCCGCCGGAACUACCAUCUCUGCCCUCCGAUGCCAACAUGGAGGAUUGCAAUGGCUGCAACCGGCAAACCACGAGGCCAAGAUUUUGGCAGCGAAGGGAUGCCGACGCGCAAGGCCGGCAGGAAGAGGAUACGGCAGCAUGCGCCACUCUGCAGACUCCAGAGACCUAUAUGCAGCCUGAUGUUGAACAUCAUACAUGUCCAUCGCCAUCCUCGACGAGUCAUUACUCCAGUAUAUUGCACAAGCCCGGGACGCGAUCUCCAUCCACAAGUGCGAGAUUUGUGACGUUCACCAUGGAUGAGAGGAAACCGCAGCCAGCUCGUCCUUUCCUCCCUUUGACAUCGAAGGCCAAAGCAGCCUGGGCCUCAAGGGAUGCUUCCCCGUUGCAAGCCUGUCUGUUUGAACGCCGUGUGGGCCUGAUUGUCGGCAUGUGCCAUACGCCUUUCGGUUUUAAGCCCUGUAGUAAGUUUGCUGCUCGGUGCGCUUUGAGGGUCAUUUUCUUGUUGGAAAGCAAGUCGCUUCCACCUGGGAACCAUUUAUAG